CAAAGGACUCCAUAGACAUGAAGGACAUCAAUUCUUUCCUCCCAAUUAUGGCACCUUCAUUGAUUUUCUGAAGUUGCUAUCCAAAGCAAUGUUAGUUAUACUAGGAUUAGGAUCAAGAAGAAUAAGGCACCUAAGGGAGAAGAAAGAGAAGCAUACUUGGGCUGUCCAGAUCAUGAAUGAACUUCUCCAACAUGCUUCUAUGUACCAGUCUGAAGACAGUGACACCAGACCCCAGGUAUCGUUGUAUGAUCACGACGAGACAAAGCCCUAUGAACUUACUGAAUGUGGUGAUAUUAAGAUGCCUACCCCCACCGAUGGUUCAGAUUUAGCUAAACAACAUGAGCAAAGCGAGGAAAAUACGUUUGAAGGAGAGAAGGAGAAACACAAAGACGUAACAAAAGGAGAGACACCAAUAUUAAUCGCAGCAAAGAGCGGAAUCACUGAGAUGGUGGAGAAGAUCCUAGAACUUUUUCCCGUGGCAAUACAUGAGAUGAACUCGGAAAAGAAAAAUAUAGUAUUAUUGGCAGUGGAGAACAGGCAACCGCACGUUUACGAGCUGUUGCUAAAGAAAAAUAUCAUGAAAGAUAGCCCCUUCCGAGCGGUGGAUCAGAAAGGAAAUAGUGCAUUGCACCUAGCAGCAAUGCUGGGAGACCAUAAGCCUUGGCUGAUUCCAGGGGCUGCUCUACAAAUGCAAUGGGAAAUCAAGUGGUAUGAGUUUGUCAAGAAGUCAAUGCCUGUCCACUUCUUCGCUCGCUACAACAAGGACAACAAGACCCCAAAGGACAUCUUCACCGAGACACACAAAAACCUCGUCGAAAAGGGUGGUGAAUGGCUAACCAACACUUCCGAAUCAUGCUCCGUCGUGGCUGCAUUGAUCGCAACCGUGGCCUUCGCCGCAUCAACCACCGUGCCAGGAGGGGUCAAGUCAGAAAGUGGUAAACCCACUUUCGAAAAUCAUCCAGCGUUCGAAGCCUUCGCGAUCUCAUCUCUCAUUGCUCUCUGCUUCUCCGUCACAGCCGUGGUGAUGUUCCUGUCAAUACUAACGUCGCGGUACGAAGAGAAAGAUUUUGGCAAAGAUUUGCCCAGAAAGCUUUUGCUUGGGUUAACGUCGCUGUUUGUGUCGAUAGCUUCGGUGUUGGUGUCUUUUUGUGCGGGGCAUUUCUUUAAUUUGAAAGAUAAGUUGAAAGACGCUGCGUUUCCAGUGUAUGCCGUGACUUGCCUGCCCGUCACGCUCUUCGCGAUCGCGCAGUUUCCACUUUACAUUGAUCUGGCUUGGGCUCUCUUCAAGAAGGUGCCACAGCGUAGCUACAAAGCUAUGCCUCUCUAAUGUCUUGCAUUUUUCUUCCCCCUUUUUCCUUCUUUUAUUCUGGUUCUUUUUUACUCUUUUUCAUGAUGUUGAACAUGUUCCUACAGGCCCACUAGUUAAUUUGGGGAUAGGGACUGGAGUGACAUACACAUGUCACAUGUCUGUUCAUGAUGAUGCUGUUGGAAAAAUUCUAUGAGCUGUUUAUUCAUUUUUUGAGAAAAAAAAUCGAAUUUUAUGUACUUGAAUUAGAAGUGUAUAAUCAUUUUAUGACAUUACAAAGAAAA